AUGCCUCCUCGACUCCGCCUUCGAGCCCUACAGCCGGCAUGUUGGCCCCACACCUGGGCAGUAUCACCGCCACCCACGAUCGGGCUCAGCGUCCGAGCACGCAGUUACGAGCAUUCCUCCCUACAUGCCCCGGGGACACUUCAUGCGCAAUCGGGUGCCCCAACCUCCCUUGCUCCGACUGCGAGUCCGUACUCUCGACAUGAGUUCAUGGCAUGUUGGCACAAGGCUUCGAGGGAGGUUUCACCUGCUGAUCUGAGGUACGAAGGAAGGGAUGAGAUUGAUGCAAAGUGUAAGUGACCUUCAGUGACUUGUGAAAUUGAAAGGAAGGAUUGGCUUAUGGCGGUGAUGCCGUGGACGCUUGGCUCGGCCCUGCAGAUGUCAUCAUCACCCAAGACCUCAAGGUUGAAAAGCCUGCACACAAGCUGCGUAAGAACGACAUCAUCUCUCGAUAUGGACUGUGCGUCUUUUCUCACACACCGGGAUAUUGCUUGGCUCGGGGAGCUGAAGUAAAAUUCUCACGGCCACGUGCGAACAGUCUUCCACGCGAUCUCAAGGCUCUCGAUUCCCAUAUCCUGGACGUUCGGCCCUCACUAUUAAUUGGACGGAGAAGCAUCGUCCUAUGUACACCUAUAGCUAGGGCCGUCAUCACCCACGACAGGAUGGUCGUAGUCACCGCGGAUCGGACAAACCCGACUUGCUCGAAUGAAGGAAUGGACGAGGUGCGUCGCAGACACGAGUUCAUGAGGGAAUCACUUCAAUGAUUUAAUCUGUUUGUUCAUGGUUUCUGCACCCAAAGAUGAUUUCCACGAUCGUGGAUGUGAUGCGUUACUUGGAAAUGGAGGCGACCGCAAAUCUUGACGGGAAUGACCCGCGAUCACCUCGGGACUCGCCCUUUGAACUUCGGUGAGCUGUCAAACGACAUGACCACUCUCACCCGACUUAUUCGAAAUACUUUUAUUGAAAGUAAUCCACCCCACAGAGCUCUCGAGGCGAUCCUCUUAAUGACCGAACGAGGGUUCAAAAGUAUCUCGUCCGAGCUCCACGCUCGCGUCUACUCGACGAUCCCCCAACUACGCUUCAGCGUCGACGCAUUACAACUCCACGACCUCUUGGAAGCCAAGCGGAUGUGUGAAGAUACUCUCUUCGCCGGUCGAGCAUUACAAUCGGCGCUCUCGACCGUUUUGUCCGAGGACGAGGAUUUGGCGGCCAUGUACAUCACCGAUAAGAUCGAAGGUCAUGCCCGGGCGACCGAGGAUCAUCAAAGCGCUGAGCUAUUGUUGGAAUACUACGAACGACGACUGGACGAGACGAACGAAGCUGCCUCGCGGUUAUCCAAGAUGCUCGUCGAUAUCGAUUCCGGCAUAGCGCUAUCCCUCGCCUCUUCACGUCUGAGAAUGGGCGAAUUGGACGUUCAAACCGCGAUUUUCAUGUCCGCCCUAACAGCAGGAGCCGUAGUGGCCGGUCUAUUCGGGAUGAAUCUUGAGAACGGGUGGGAACAGGAUCCAGUGAUGUUUAGGACGGUGACGACGAGCAUUUGCGCGACCAUGUCGAUCAUCUUUGCGUUGGGGUGGACGAGGUUCAAUAGAGCGAGAAAGUCGCAGUUGAUGUUGAGGCACAGGGCAAAUGGGCUGUAUAGCGGGAAUAAAGUUGGGCAAACUUCGAUGAUAGGUAGGGAUACAUCGCAGGUCAGGGGGCAGUCGUAG